AUGGGGUCGCCAGUUUCAAUUGGCGAUAUCAUCGCCAUGUCCAAGAUCUCUUGGAAGAUUGCCCAAGCCUUCACCAACGGACGCAAGUCUGCGCCCAUUGAAUUUCGCGAGGUUGAGAACCAGCUCUACUCCCUCAGCUCGGCCCUAUCAGCUUUCAAAGAUGCAUGUGGCGAUGACAUCGCUGCAGUCUCUAUCGAGUCUUCGUCACUUCCCAACCGAUUUCAAGACAAAGAACAACACGAAGGUCUGCAGAGUGUGGAUUGGCUGCUGAACAGCUGCAAUGAGACGCUGAGGCAUCUCGAGAAGCUCAUCGACAAGUACAGUGCUCUUGCAACCGGCUCAGGUCAGGAAAAUCCAGAGCCACGCUUUCGACGAUGGAGUGACACCUUGCUCAGAAACUACAAGAAAAUUGCUUGGACAACCGAGGCCGGCGACAUUGCAACCCUACGAAGUCAGCUCCUGGUUCAUACCAACAGCUUGCACUUGGUUUUGGGGACCAUCGUAAAAAUUGAGGAAAGUCUCGCAACAAACACACAAAUGCUCACAGAAAUUCAUUCUUGGUGGACCCAAAAUCUCAAAGGUGCCACCACUUCUACCGCCGAGAGCCAGUCCCUAUCGAACAGUUCAGCAAAGACCAUCGGCUCAAUUAAAUUUCAGGUAUCGCUUGCUGUGGAUAACGCACAACAGCUCAUCUGUCCUCGAUCAUAUUACCAGGAGGACUUGAACCAUUGGACCUCUCAACUGUUAUUGUGUGGCUGUGAUAAGGCUGCCGACCACCCCAAGCUCAGAGACAUUGGACUGUCACCCAUAACUUUCCCCUUUAAACAUGGUGGGAAGAAUAGGUCAUGGGUGCUCUACAAAGUUUUGGAAAGGUCGACGAACCGUCUGGUAUCUGUAAAUAUCAGUGAUGUUGCAGUUGAACAUAUCCGCGAGUUUCAAGAAUCAUUCAUCGAUCGUCUUGCUGAAGCCACUGCGAGAUCAAUGCUGCAGCAAGGCAUGAGCAAUAUGCUUGCUCACCCAGUACCUGAUAACACAGGGAUUCGGACUUUGUACACGCAAAGUGAUACAAAGAAUCUCUAUAAACUGAUGGCCGAUAUUACCUUUGGCGUCGGCCACAGAUCCUUGGUCAAGAAUGGGAUCAGUGGGAUUUCGCUCUUGCAAUAUCGAAGCCUUGGUCAAAGCAGCGAAGGCCAAGGGGAGGAAUAUGCAGAGCUACUGGUCUACUACAACAAAAGUGAAGAUAUCACGAAAAGCAUUCUCAAACGUAAGAGUUCGAGGUGCCAGAAUCGCAUCUAA